AUGCACUACAAGCUCGCCUUCCUCUCGACCAUCGCCAUGGCUCUCACGGCUGAAGCCAAGGUCUGGGGUGUUAUGACCGAAAACUUCGAUGCGCAAGGCGCUCGCGCCGACUUUGCCUCGGAUCACUCUGGCGACUGCGUCUCCUUCACUCUUUCCAACGCCUUUUGGAACGACAAAGUAAGCUACGUCCAGGUCAAGACGGGAACCUGUACCUUCUACGUCGACGCCGGCUGCAGCGGUGCUUCCGCCGUUUUUCACGCAGGCGACUCCGUCAACUUGUCCUCAAAUUUCAAUGACAAGUUCAGCUCCUUCGUUUGUGUCGACUAG